AUGAAGUUCACUACUGCUUCUCUCACUGCCAUUGUGGCCUUCUUUGCGACCGGCUCCGUCGCCAAUGCGGCUGCCAUCAACAACCAAGCCCAGGGUAUGGCUGCUCAGGGUGGCUUUGCUGAGAGUUGCAAGGACUUCGCCAUUCACGCGCGCGAAAUCUCCCACGACACCUACUUUGACAUCGAUGCCAAGUGCGCCGCUCUUAACGACCGAGAGCUCAACACUCGCCUCCAGCUCAGUCUCUGCCUGGCCAACGAUGCUGGCGUCAUAAAGUGGUCCAAGCGUGGCAAGUUCGACAAGUCCUGCAAUGGUUGCACCAUCAAGCAUGUCAGCAAGAAAGAGGUUAGGAUGGGCUGCUGGUGUGAUCUUGUUGUCGGAAAGACAUUCCGUUACACUGAAAUCAACCUUAAUGACGGCAUCCGCAAUGAGGGCGGUCACACCUGGUGUGGUGACGAGAUUGGCACUGCCUGGUAG